AUGCCGAAUCAUUUGGGCGCAGGAUACGCGAAAACACACGACGAGGAAAAUUUGUUAAAGAAGUUUGCGUAUGAUCCGAACUACAAGAUCCAUGAGCUCUGCGAGCCGGAGCGGUCUGGAAAUCAAGCUGAUACGCUCACAUGGACAGAGUCCGGCGAUCGUUUAUUAAAAGUGAUAGGCAACGGGGUAGUCGAAGACGGGUACAAUAUGUUUAUGGCUCCUGGACAAUCGCAAGGUCGUCGAACUGAUGUUCAUGUUGCAGUCUAUAUUGAAUCAAUGUCGUCGUUCAAAGCGCAAUCAAUGGAUUUCGAAGUCGACAUGUAUCUCGUGAUGGCCUGGUUCGAUCGACGGCUAGCUCACAAUUGCACGUAUCCGAUUCUGGUGACCAGCAAAUUGAUAGCAGAUCGUGUCUGGUAUCCGGAUUUGUAUUUCGUCAAUAGCAAAUACGCCUAUCUACAAGAGGUGACAAUUCCAAAUAUAAUGCUCAUUGUUUAUCCAGACGGGUUGAUAUUCAAAUCAAUGAGACUUGAUGUUACCUUAAGUUGUAUGAUGGAUCUAAAGCUUUUCCCGUUGGAUUAUCAAGAGUGUCCACUAACUAUUCAGAGCUUUGCUUACAUAGAGCAAAUUGUGAAUUUGACAUGGCAUGAUGAUCCUCCGAACUUUCCAAUUGGUUUCAAUACAGAAAUCAAGCUGAAUGAUAUGCAAAUCAUCGACAAACGCUUCGAAAAAUGUGCGGGACCAUAUCCAAUGUUCCGGGGUGAUGCACUUUGGAGUUGCAUUCGAGGAUUCAUUGUGAUGAAACGGCUCGUUCUUUUCCAUAUUAUUCAAACCUACAUUCCAACUGGAAUGCUAGUAUCGAUAUCGUGGAUGUCAUUCUGGCUGGAUCCACGAGCAAGUCCUGCUCGAAUAACACUCACCAUCACAUCGCUGCUGACAUUAACAACAAUGAGUAAUGGGGCUCGACAGGAUUUACCUCAGGUAUCAUACAUCAAAGCGUUGGAUAUCUGGCUAACAUUUUCGCAAGCACUCAUUUUCCUUGUGCUUUUGGAAUAUUCGUUCGUCUCUUAUUAUAUGACGAAACGGACCACCUAUUGUAAACAUAGGAAUCUUAUUUUUGAGGAAAAACCAACGAAACGGAAGGACGAUAAGAUGCGGAAAAACAAUUUAUCAGCGAAAAGCUCGAGUCAAAGUAUUGAUGGAGAACUAAAAAACAAAAACCCGCAGCAAUUUUCGAUAGGUCAUGGAAUUGCUUCUUCUGUGAAUGAUUCAACAACUCUCAUAUCAGCUAGUAAUGGCCCCCGUCAACAUUUCAAGCUUGAUCCACUGAAACCUUGUCCAAAGUGUACGAUCAUGAAUGAGAAAACGGCCCUUAAGAUUGACGAGUAUAGCCGCUGGUUGUUUCCGUCGGUAUUCACAUCGUUUUGUGUGUUUUACUGGCUUUACUUUACAUGGCGAUCGUCUUUCAACUAG